CCCAGAGCUCAGUCUUUUAUACUUCGCUGCCUCGCCAGUCACUCUUGAUGGCCGCCUUCUCUUCUUCGCCUCGCCGCGCUCUUCCUCAGCUCUCGUGCUCUCCUCCGACUCUUCUCCCUUUUCUUAUUCUCUCCUCUUCUUCUGUCCACCUCAACCCUAUCCGAAAGCCUGAAGCCCUGUCGUUCUCGAUCGCUGCGCCGCCAGCGUCUACAGCUGCCAGCCGGCCGCCGAGGUUACACCGCCGAUGCAGAGCCUACGUCUAUGGUGGAGACCGGACGAUCGAUACGCAGACACUCAUUGUCUCCGUUAGUGUCAUUGCGGCCGUUGCGCUGUCUCUGUUCCUAGGGUUGAAGGGGGAUCCUUUGCCAUGCAGUAGGUGCGGUGGAAAUGGUGGUACAAAGUGCGUGUUCUGUACUAAUGGUAAGAUGAAACAAGAAACUGGCUUGGUUGAUUGUCGUGCAUGUAAAGGUGCAGAUACUUUGUUGGGAUAGAUUAUUCUGUGCUGA